AUGGCAGCUCAUUUCGCCAAACCAUUGGAGCACGCAUCUUUCAACUUGGCAUCUGCUUUAAAAGAGUGGCGUAGUUUCAAAAUAUACGUCAGGAGCCACUACCCUAAAUUGCCUGACCCGAAGUGUUUAUGGAAGUCAGUGCUUUCCAUUCGUCGCGAAGAAUUUCCUAAUCUUUGCAAACUCGCGAGCCUUGCAAUUUGCAUUUCUGGUUCCAACUCCACAGUCGAGCGUACGUUCAGCGUUCUUACGAACAUUCUGUCGGACAAGCGUUUGUCGAUGCGCCAUUCUACACUCGACGACUCUCUGAUUGUUUACGGCAAUGACAGCUUGUGGAGUGUCAAGGAAAAAGAAGAAAUCAUUGACCGCGCAGUACAGAUCUACCUUAAAACAAACAACAGGCGAAAGAAAGUUGGUCAACCAGCGAAAAGACAGAAACUUGACGAGGAAAUUGCCAGUGAUAAACCACAAGAGUUGGCUGACCCUUUGGUUGUUGAUGAUGACAGUGAUACUGACAGCAACGCAUCUUUCUCAGACGAAGAAUUUUCACUUUCAGAAUCCGACAGUGACUGA